CCUGCCUUGCUGAGGGAGGGGACGGUGCUGACGGCUGGGAGGACGAAAGGAGAAAGAAAGCUUUUGGGAAGAUAAAAGAGAGAGGGGAACGGCCCGGGUUUCCACCGUCCGUCGGGAAAUAAACACCCCAGAUUCCUGUUGCUGCUGGAUUCGUCACCAAAUCAGCGCCGAAAAUGUCGACCAGUCGUCAGCUUAGCGAGAGCAGGGCCAUCCCGACCAGGACGGUGUUGAUCAACGACACAACGCAGCUACCUCAUGACUAUUGCACCACCCCUGGAGGCACUUUAUUCUCUACCACUCCUGGAGGAACCCGGAUCAUCUAUGACCGCAAGUUCCUACUGGAUAGGCGUAAUUCUCCCAUUGCCCAGACUCCCCCAGCUCACCUGCCUGUCAUCCCCGGGGUGACCAGCCAAAACGUCCUGAGUGAGAACAAGAAGAAUGAAGCCAACAACCACAUCAACAACCAUGAUGGCAAGCCCACAACCGGUGAUGACGCGCAGUUUGAAAUGGAUAUCUAACUGUCUGGAACCACACCAGCAAAAGAAAAUGACCUGGCAUCAACGUGCCAGUGGCUUGGCUUGUAGAAACCAAUGUUGUGAGCCCUCAUGGCAGCCAUCUUCUUUAGCUCUCUGUCUCGCUGCUGGAUGUAAUGUGUGUAAACCAUGGGGAUUCAGUAUAUCAUACAUACAGGUACAGUGUGACCAACUCUGGAAGCUAGGUUUAUUUGAAUAGAUUUCCAUGGUUACCAAAUGCUGUACAAAUCAACAACCACACAACACAGGGAGCGGGCCUGCAUAUGAAAUACCAAGAAACAUUGUCCAAUUAGUAGAUUGCAGUGCUCAUUUUACACCCUCUGAGUCAGGAUCCUUAACAGAGCACACUGUAAAACUGAUAAUAUUCCAAAUUUAUUGGGGGAGGAAGUGGUAAUUUUCAGUACUGGCCUUAGAAUCAGUCAAAAGUUUUGAUAUUCAUCACAGUCUUUUGAAGGCACUUGUGUUAUUUAAGUGAUUUUUUUUUUUUUUUCUUUUGGAACUACUUGAAAAGCUCCACAAUCUAUUCGCGGUUGUUUGGUCAGUUUAUUUUCCCCUGAUGCUACGUAAAGGGAUGAUGUUUUGUUUUUAUUUUCCAAUUAGGUGAAAAUUUCAUGCCAUUCCAAGAUUUUACUUUCCAUUAUCAACACGAGCCUGUGUGAAUUUCCAAUUUUCAGGGGAAAUCAUUUUUUCAAAAAUAAUUUUAGGCUGUGAUUUAAUUGUUUCAUAAUCAAAUGAUUGUAUUUCCCACUAUGAUAUAAAGCUAAUUGUAAAUCUAGCAACUGCGGACAAAAUUUUCAUUUAGAAUUAAAUUUCAGUAUAACAAUAUCGGGUCACUUGGUUCAUCUUCAUUCUGUCGAGAUCUUGCAAUAAAUGUUAUCUACACAUUUCUUUCCUGCUAAGAAAAGUGAAUACACCUUUAAAACCUACUUUAACUUAACUGGUUUUGUUGUGCUGGCAAGAUCUUUGUGUUCAUAAUUUGGCAACAUCUGUCAGAUGUUUUUCAAUAUUCAAGCCAGGUAAACAUUUUGAAAUAUAUGGAAAUGGUUAAUAUCCCAGUGUUCGUUCAAUAAAAAAAAAAAAACUUGAAAUAACCCAGAUGUUUUAUAUGCAUUUUAUUUUUUAAUACAGUUUCUUAGUAUUGAGGGUAUUUGUUUAGGAAUAAGCACUGUCAAGCCUUUGGAUUUGUAAGAUAUGUCAAGGAACCAGAAAACAUUGUUUGCAUUAGGCUUGAUAGAUGCCGUCCCUUAAUCUACAAAUCUGUCCCCAGUGUCCUUAAUCCGUUUUACAUUACCUUAUUUUCUUCAUGUGUCAUGUCUGCCCAUGCCUUACUUUACAUGAAAUGCAGUAACUAAAACUAGGUUCCUUGUCAUCAAUUUGUACUUUCCAACAGAUGUUUAUUUUUUCACUGUAACACUGAACAGGUGAUGUUGUACCUAGCAAUUGAGCAAAACAAAUACUUUUUAUGUUGUGUUUUUUUUUUUUUUUUUUUUACAUAAUUUCCUUCCUCAAGCUGCUGUGAAGUUUGAAAGUGUGAGGGCAUAAAUGUCAUUUUGGGAUUCUGAAGUUCAGAUGGUGAUGUGGUUAAAAGAGUGCCACAUGCUCAUUUAGUCCCAGAUCUUUUUUUUUUUUUUUUUUUACUCCAGUCAUCAUAGCAUCAUAGCAGCUCUGUUUUCAUUCAAGAUGCAUGAAUUCAAGUUUGUUUCUCCGUGUGACUGGAACCACUGAAUGGCUUAAAUGAUAUUUAUCAAAGAUUUUAGUUUGUUUCUUUUUGGCUGUGUAAUUAACUCUGGCCAAAUUUGGUGACAAAUACAUCAAGGGGUUGCUUGAACCCAAUUUGCGUUACACAUUUUUGGCGAUAAAAACUCUUUCUAUUACAGCAUCAUAAUUCAGAUUGCAAAUUUAUAUCAAAUCAGUUUGGUUUGACGAUGAGGGCUUAACAUUGUGUGUUGAAAGAGAUGUGAAACAAACUUACUGUAACUUUCUGUUCUGAUUUUCAACAACUUUAUUUUAAUUGAAACUCCAAUGGCAGUGGACACCAUUGCUGCGAGAUCAAUAAAGUUCCGUAACAAAGAAAAUAA